CUGCGCCUGCGCAGUUCUUUCCGGCCUUUCUCUCCCUCGAAGCCUGAGCCUCGCCGCCCUCUCUCCCUCGCUCUCCUCCCGCCAUGGGCCACCAGCAGCUCUACUGGAGCCACCCGAGGAAGUUCGGGCAAGGGUCGCGCUCCUGCCGCGUGUGCUCGAACCGCCACGGCCUGAUCCGCAAGUACGGGCUCAACAUGUGCCGGCAGUGCUUCCGCCAGUACGCCAAGGACAUCGGCUUCGUCAAGUUGGAUUAAAUGCCCACCUCGGAGGCAGCGACCCAGCCUUGUCCCGGAAGCAGCAGCCGAUGGAGCUUUUGAGGAGCCGGGCGAAACAGCGGCAGAUGGGGAGCAUUUGGCUUAAUGAACUCUUGCUGUGCGUG